AUGAACACACAGGACCAGCAACUAACUUCAAAUGAACUCCAGAAGCGACUUCAAGCUGCGACAGAGGAGAACCUGCAGCUGCGUGACAAAAAUGAGCGUCUGUUCAUCAAAGUGGGCUCCCUGGAAAGCAGACUGGGCCACUUGGCCGGCUCCAACGCAGACCUGUCCUGCAGGCUGGUGCAGAGCGAGGAGGAGAAGCUGAAGAUUUCCAAAGAGCUUGUUGAGGAGAAAAUUCAGACUAACAAGAUGAGAGAACAGUUUGAAGAAGAGACAUUUGAGCUGAAAAACAAGAUACUGAACCUAGAAGGUGUGACUAGUGAACUUGAAGUGGAGAGAGACAGGUUUUCCAGGGAACUUCAGGCGGCGGAGGCUCGUCUGAAGGUCGGCGAGAGGAGCGGCCAGGACCUGGCGGGGGAGUUCGCCUCGCUGAGGAACAGACACCGGGCCCUGGCCGAGGCUCACAACAAGGAAGUGGCCCAGAGCGAGGAGCUGAGCGCCGAGCUGCUGGCGCUGGCCCAGGCCCAGGACGCCCUCCGCAGGCAGCUGCAGGAGCAGCGGCGGGACGCGAGGGCCGCCGCCCAGGGCCUCCACGGGGAGCUGGACCGGGUGCGGGCCCUGAUCAGCCGCGUGUCACACAGCCGGGUUCAGCCUGAGGACCUGGCAGCACUGGACAGGGAACAAAAAAACAUGGAACAAACUCUGCUUGGAAACCAAGAUGAGAUCAGAGACGCCCUGGAGAGGAUGAGGAGCAGUUAUGAAGAACAGCAGAGGAAGCUGGAGGAGAAAGUGGCGGCGAUGGUUAAGGAGCACCAGGAGAACAGGGGAGAGGUUCGUAAUAUCCGGCAGGAGCUGUCUGAGAGGAGCGCGGCUCUGAUGUGCUCCCAGAGCCAGUUAAAGGAAGUGGAAGAGGAGAACUCGCAGCUGCAGCUUCAAGUCAAGAAGCUGCAUGAGGAGUAUCGGUCAAGGCUGCAGUGCUAUUUACAAGACAUAGCUGACUACUCUGACAGAGUUGGCCACGGUGGACGCGCUUCAGAAGGAGCUACGCUGAGGGCCUUCGUGGACAGGAUGCUGCAGGAUGUGCGCUCGUCCUACAGGGCGAGGGAGGAGCAGCUGGCUUCUGCUGCUCGCUCCUAUAAGAAGAGGCUACAGACCAUGACCAGGACCCAUCAUGCCCUCCUCAUUGCAUACAGGGUUCAGAGAGAGCAGAUCUUGGUGAGACCAGACGGCGGCGUGAGCCCCGGACCCCCCGAAGGCCACUUUAGCCUGGACCCCAGUGAACUGAGAGAGGAAACGGAGAAGGAGCUGCAGCGCCUCCGCCAGGACAAGGCUCGGCUGGAGGCUCAGGUGCAGGCGGCCCGUCAGCAGGUGGCCUCAUGGAAAGCUGUGGGAAACCUGACUUUUAUCAGGCUGGAGAGCGUAGAGCAGGAACGCGAGCACGCCUGGAUGGACAUGAGGAAACAGCUGAAGGACGCCACAGACGCUACGCUGGCGGACCUGGAGAAGGAGCGCGCCCUGCUCCUCACCAGAGCCACGGUGGCUGAGGCGCAGGUGCUGGAGCUGCAGGACUACGUUGACGCCCACCUGCUCAGGUACAAGGAGGAGAUCACGCAUCUCCGCCGGCUGCAGGGGAAGGAGGAUGCAGCAGGAAGUCGCCCCCGAAGUGCUCACUAAUCUCCUUUGCAGGAAAUCUGGCCCUAAAAUGACUUCCAAUUAAAUAAAGUAAUAUUAAAGUCUAUUCAUGCAGGUCUCCCCAGCGUCCCCCUAGACGAGCUUUGAGGACGGAGGCUGGAGAGGCUCCCAGAGGGGGGGGCAGCGCUUACCAAGCGUGCACUUGAAGAACGAGUGCUAAAAGCUGCAGAGAACAAACGGGAGAGGUGAAAAAUUUCUUUUUUUUAGGAAUGCAAAAUUAAAACUGCUGAGCUGCUAAAGAGCACAUGGAGAAUAAUAUAGGGUGAGAAAGUGGGGGAGGAAGACGUACAGUAAGGGUGAGAAAGGCAGGGGAGGGGGCGGCCUGAUGAACAACAGCCACUGAGAAUGAGGCUGAGUGCGAGUGAGGGAAGGAGAGAGGGACAGACCCUCGGCGUUCCCACACUCGGCCCGUUCCCACAGUGAACCCGGCUAAUCCCUGUCUUAAUUGGGGGAGAAUUCCAGCGCACAUGUUCCCCUGGAAUGAGCGAAGGGAGAGCAAGGCUUCUGACACAUCGCACACACAGCGCCCGGGCGGACGCACAAUGUGUGAGUGCACUUUGUUGGAAUAUAAACACGCUGCCGGACUGUCAGCACAUCUGAUGCAUAAAUGGCUUCACACA